AUGAGUGAGUUUGCCCCUCCCUCGUACACCGGUGACCCCACGAUGGGUCGCUGCUCGGAGGAUUACUUCAAGCUCGGGUUCUGGGGCUUGCAGAUCGCCCUGGGGGCGCACGCGUUGGGUUUCACCAAGGUGGCUCGUCUGGCGCCCGGCGUGAGCGGUGACACCGCGCUGGCGUUAUCCGAAGAGGCCGCGAACGCGCGACGCCAACGGAAGGGGUUGCCGAGGAAGCAUCACACCGAGUUCGGCGAUCGCGUGGGGAAGACGUAUCAGACCCGAGCGUUGGACUUCAGACGACAAAACAUGAUGUGA